GGUCUCAGAUAGGUCCACCCCUUGAUUUGGCAAAGAAGGCACCUCCUCCACUACACGUUCUAGGACCUUCAAGUUCAGAAGGAAACUAUUUUGCCCUGUCACCUGGCACCAUGCAUCUAGCAGGACCAGUGUGAGUGAACCAGUCGGAGGCUUCUCUACAACAUGACCCACAGGGACAAAGCAGGUACUGUUGGCUCCCUGAAGAUUGCAACUCUCCUGGUGGCUCUAAGUCCAGAACUCCUACUCCUGGGAGCUGGAGUGCAGCUUCGAGACAACGGGUAUGACGGGUUACUCAUUGCAAUCAACCCUCAGGUGUCUGAGAAUCAGAACCUCAUCCCAAAUAUCAAGGAAAUGGUAACUGAAGCUUCUUUUUACCUGUUCAAUGCUACCAAGAAAAGAGUAUUUUUCAGAAGUGUAAAGAUUUUAAUUCCUGCCACAUGGAAAGCUAAUAAUUAUAGCAAAGUUAAACAAGAAUCAUAUGAAAAGGCAAAUGUUAUAGUGACUGCCUGGUCUGGGGCACAUGGAGGUGAUCCAUUUACCCUACAAUAUAGAGGGUGUGGAAAAGAGGGAAAACACAUCUAUUUCACACCUGACUUUCUACUGAAUGAUGACUUAACAGCUGGCUAUGGACCACGAGGCAGAGUGUUUGUCCAUGAAUGGGCCCAUCUUCGUUGGGGUGUGUUUGAUGAAUAUAACAAUGAAAAGCCUUUCUACAUAAAUGGGCAAAAUCAAAUUGAAGUAACAAGGUGCUCAUCUGACAUCACCGGCGUAUUUGUGUGUGAAAAAGGGCCUUGCCCCCAAGAGAACUGUAUUACUAGUAAGCUUUUUCAAGAAGGUUGCUUGUUUUUAUACAACAGCAUGCAAAAUACAACAUCAUCAAUAAUGUUCAUGCAAAGUUUAUCUUCUGUGGUUGAGUUCUGCAACGCAAGUACCCACAACCAAGAAGCUCCAAACCGACAGAACCAAGUGUGCAGCCUCAGAAGUACAUGGGACGUAAUCUCAGACUCCACUGACUUUCAUCACAGCCCUCCCAUGAACGGGACUGAGCUCCCACCUCCUCCUACCUUCUCCCUUGUCCAGGCGGGGGACAAAGUGGUCUGUUUAGUGCUGGAUGUGUCCAGCAAGAUGGCAGAGGCAGACAGAUUCCUUCGACUGCAACAAGCGGCAGAAUUUUACUUGAUGCAGAUUGUUGAAAGUCAUACCUUUGUGGGCAUUGUCAGUUUCAACAGCAAAGGAGAGAUCAGAUCCCAGCUACACCAAGUUAGCAAUGAUGAUGACCGAAAGCUGCUGGUUUCACACCUGCCUGCCACUGUGUCAGCUGAUGCAGAAACCAGUAUCUGCUCGGGGCUUCAGAGGGGAUUUGAGGUGGCUGAGAAACUGAACGGAGAAGCCUCCGGCGCUGUGUUGAUAUUAGUGACCAGCGGGCAUGAUGAGCAUAUCAGCAGCUGCUUGCUCACUGUGCUCAGCAGGGGUUCGACCAUUCACACCAUUGCCCUGGGUGCCUCUGCGGACAAACACCUGGAGGGACUUGCACAGCGUACAGGAGGUUUAAAGUUCUUUGUCCCAGAUAAAUCAACCUCCAAUAGCAUGAUUGAUGCUUUCAGCAGAAUUUCCUCGGGAACUGGAGACAUUUUUCAACAAUGUAUUCAGCUUGAAAGUGUGGGUGAGAAUGUUAAACCUCACCAUCAAUUGGAAAACACAGUGACUGUGGAUAACAGUGUGGGCAAUGAUACUACCUUUCUAGUCACAUGGCAGACCAGCGGGCCCCCUGAGAUUGAACUGUUUGAACCUCAUGGGAGAAAAUACUACACACAUAACUUUACCGUCAAUCAAGCCUUGAGGGCUGCGCGCCUCCAGAUUCCAGGAACUGCUAAGCCUGGGCUUUGGACUUACACCCUGAACAAUACCCACCAUUCUCUUCAGUCCUUGAAAGUGACAGUGACCUCUCGUGCCUCCCACUCAGCCGAGCCUCCUGCUGCCGUGGAGGCCUUUGUAGAAAACGACAGCACCUCUUUUCCACACCCCAUGAUGGUUUAUGCCAAUGUGAGAAAGGGGUUUUACCCCAUUCUCAAUGCCACUGUAACUGCCACCAUUGAGCCAGAGACUGGAGAUCCUGUUACGCUGACGCUUUUUGAUGAUGGAUCAGGUGCUGAUGUUAUAAAAAAUGAUGGAAUUUACUCGAGGUAUUUUUUCUCCUUUGCUGUAAAUGGUAGAUAUAGCUUGAAAGUGCAUGUCAAUCACUCUCCCAGCAUAAGCACCCUAGGCCACCACUCUUUUCCAGGGAGUCAUGCUAAGUAUGUACCAGGUUACAUAACGAAUGGUAAUAUUCAGAUGAAUGUCCUAAGAACAUCAGUGGGCAGGAGGGAGGAGGAGCAAAAGUGGGGCUUCAGCAGAACAAGCUCGGGGGGCUCCUUUUCCGUGCUGGGCGUUCCGGCUGGCCCCCACCCUGACAUGCUCCCACCGUGCACCAUUACAGACCUGGAAGCUGCACAGGGGGAAGAGGAGGUGACCUUGUCUUGGACAGCGCCUGGAGAAGACUUCGAUCAGGGCCAGGCUAACAGCUAUGAAAUAAGAAUGAGUAAAAGUCUACAGAAUAUUCAAGAUGAUUUUAACAAUGCCAUUUUAGUGAAUACAUCAAAGCUAAAUCCCCAACCAGCUGGCACCAAGGAGAUAUUCACAUUUUCACCAAAGUUUUUCAUAAAUGGACCUGAACAUCAACCUGAUGGAGAGACGCAAAAAAGCCACAGAAUUUAUGUGGCAAUACGAACCAUAGAUAAGAACUCCUUAAAAUCUGCAGUAUCUAACAUUGCCCAGGCAUCAUUGUUUAUUCCUCCAAAUUUUGCUCCUGUGCUUGCCAGAGAUUAUCUUAUAUUGAAAGGAGUUUUAACAGCAAUGGGUUUGAUAGGAAUCAUUUGCCUCACUAUAGUUGUAACACAUUGUAUUUUAAACAAGAAAAGGAGAGCAGACAGAAAGGAGCAAGAAAUAGAACUACUAUGAACAAAAUUACCUUGGUUCUUAGAUGUAAAACCCAUGCCCUUUGCACUUUACGAAAACAUACCCAUAAAAACAAAUUAACAUCAAAACUGUUAAAAGUACUUUAAAUUUUGCAUACAACAGAUCCUGUUUUUACAUUAAUAAAAGACAAAAAAAUUUUAUAACUCACAUUUAGAGGGUAAAGUAGAAAAUUCUUAAGCUUAGGCUAUGAAUAAAAUAAUAAAAUGUAUUUCCAAGAUAAUUCUUUAAAGACCAACAAGGCCAGGUCAAAGUCAAAUCAGAAUCAAGAAAAAGCUCCUUUUAUUGAAGAGAAAAGAUAGCCCAAAGUAGAAAAAGGAGGUUACAUCUGGAUGAUAUAACUGUCUAUAUGAAGCAAUUGUUUAGUUACUUUAAUUUUUCAUUGUCUUCUUCUCUUCAGAACAGAUUGCUUGUUUAUGACUAAAGAUCAAUGUUCAUUUUA